UGGAGCUUGGCCAGAGACAGAGACUCAGAGAGAGGUCAAGGGCAGGGACCAGGCGGGCAGGAGUCAGGGCCAGGCGCCCAGGGCAAGGGCUCUGGCUCUGGGCACUGCACCCCAGUCCGUGUGGGUUACCUCCUUGCUGUGCUCCCCUGGGCCUGUGCACUUCUUGGGAGGGUUUGUGGAAAAAGAGUUGUGACUUCAGACAGACCCCAGGCUGAAUCGCAGAACGCUUAUUGCGUCAGCCUUGUGAACUUAGGGGGUCUCUGCGCUCCUCUGGGCCUCAGGUCCCCUCUCUGCAGAAUCUUCCCAUUGACUGGAUAGGACUGAGGGUUAAAUGUGGUCACUCACGAGAAUCACUGAGUGCGUGCUGUUUUGCUGUUGCUGCUGUUGUUGUUAAAUAAACCUGUCCCUGUGAAAGCAGACCUCGCCCUGCCUAAUCCUUGUUUCCUGGGGGGACCCCCCCCCCCGCUGCACCUCACUGGCAGGCACUGGGGCCCACACAUGACAACUCCCACAUCUUUGGCUUCGGUGUUCCACCACCCUCCCUCCCACCUUCGCUGAUGGCAGGAACAGAGAUGUCAUUGACAGCCUGCAGCCUGGCGAGAUCUGCCCUGGGGUUGCUCACUCUUCUAGAAAGAGGAGAAACAGGGUCCACCCAAGAGGGAGUCCACACCUGGAACUCAGCACAGGGAGGUCAUCCCUGAAGGCCCUGCGGAGGAGCCUGUGUCCUGUGACCUUAGGAGGCAGCGUUACCGGGUCGAGAUGACCACUCCCACCACUUUGGGGGAUUCCACCUUCUUCUCGUUGAACAUGACCACGAGGGAAGAAGAUUUCCUCUAUAAGAGUGCUGGAGCCAUCAUCGCCGCCAUCGUGGUGGUGAUCAUCAUCAUCUUCACCGUGGUUCUGAUCCUGCUGAAGAUGUACAACAGGAAAAUGAGGAUGCGGCGGGAGCUGGAGCCCAAAGGCCCUAAGCCAGUUGCUCCUUCUGCCAUGGACCCAAACAGCAACAGCAGCCAGCAGCCUGCAACGGUGACCUUCAGCCCUGUUGACCUCCACUCGGAGGCUCGGUGACCCCAUGCUGCCACCAUCUCUGCCACUGUCCAAAGAGCUUUCUCCAGGGUGCACACCCGGAAGCACACUUCUCCGGCAGCUUUACCACGAGUUCCUUGCGGUCAGGCCGACAGAGCAUCUUUCAUACAGUCCCCGCUUCUUCCUUAACUGCGUCCUGCCCUCGCUCACCCUGACCGUGUCCACAGCCCCGCUGCCACCCUGUCAAAAAGCUGUGGAUGUUAUUUUGUCAUCAGAUGAGACAGAGCUCUGCUGAAACCCACCAAAGUGGAUCUGGCUGACUCCUGACAUGUGCGAUAGCUAACAGACAGACAAGCUUGCAGGAAGACAGACAGACAGCCCUGACUCUUUUGAUCAGGAGUUGGGUCAGGGAAUGCUGCCAAGAGUGUCGCCCAGGGUCUACCACUGGCCUCAUCUCAGAUGAGUGCCAAAUCCAUUGCUUUGCAGAGUGAAAUGCUCAACCCCAUCAUCAGAUGCUGGGGAACUAACUUGGACUAACCAGAAAGCCAACUUGUUUAUAUGUAACCUCUUCCACUAUUAGAUAACCCCUGGGUGAUCAGUGAUUGGUUAAUGUAUUUCUCUCCCUUGAAGAAAAGUUACAAGAAAAAUGGACUAUUUUUUCACCCAGAGGUUUAUGCUUCAUUAGUAGAGUCAGUAGAAGGCAGGACGACCUUGAGACACCAUGGCCUCUAGGAUCAAAGCUUGUUGCCUUGACCAAUCCUGGUAGCCGGUCAGGGAUCCUUCAGGAGGAGGGUGGACCCCAGCUCAGUCUCAUUUCUUAGCUCCCCAAGAAGCUCUUAUGGUCUUGUUAACCCCUUACCUCCCAGGACCCGUAGUUGGACACUGAUUACACUGCACCUCUGUCCUUCCUGGGCACUGGGAAGAGACUCUAGACACAUCUGAAGCAGCCCAUUCCCGGACCAUUUCUCUGUAGAGAGCUAGGCUGGAGAGCGAUCUCCAGAAAAGGGGAAGCUUUGGCGCUAAGGAAAUUUGCCCUACUUCCUGAUGGGUGGCUUUGGGAAAGUGACUCCGCCUUUCCAUGUUUGGUUUCCUGACCAUGAAGUAGAAAUGGCAGCACUUGCCUCUCUGGGUUAGUGUGAGUCAAAGCAGCUUAAAUACAGUGCCUGGUGCCAAGGAGAUGCCCGCUAAACAGCACCCAACAUUACACAAAGGCCCUGGGUUCAAUGCCUAACACUUAAAAAAAAUCAAAUGGAACGAAACUCCCUGGACUAGCUCUGGAGAAAUACCAGUAAACUCUCCCUUCUUCCUUCUCCUCCAUCUUCUCUUCCAUCUCUUACGUCUGUGCUUAAAUUUCCUGUAAGUACCAGGCACUCUCCAAGUCACAUCAGUUAUCUCACAGGAUUUAAUUUUCCCAAUAGCCCUGGGAGGUAUUAUUUCCCAUUCACAGGUGUGAAUUUUCAGAUCAAAAAAUAUGCACUCUCCCCGAGUCACACAAGCAGCUGGUAAGUUGCAAAGCCAGGACAACACCAGGCUUCUUUGAAGCCAGAGUCUAUCUUUCCAUCGUAUCACUGUUCCCUGCCAUCCUGGGCUUCAAAUGCACAGAUUCCUUUGUGAGCUGAACAGAACAACAGGCUUGUCCAUGAUUUGUGAGGUGCUCAGAGACCUGGUUUCCAAACUGAAAGGAGAUGAAGCCAUUUUGGCGAUAUCCUUUGGGUUUCCAUGAUCGGAGCCAAAGCAGCCAUUUCUCAACCCCCUGGGGCUUGAUUCCUGCUUCACCUACUGCUAAAGACUCAAGGAGGAAAGGUUUAGAAACCAAGACAAUUUUGUUUCUUUGAGAGCUGAACUCGGCUCCCGCCAAUGUAUACGAUUUCUGGGUUUUUUUUUUUUUUUCUUUUUUCUAAAAUUAUCUGGAAUGUUCCAGACUUUUCUGCCCAUAGUGAAAGCUUCCUAGAAGCAAACAAAGGGGUAUUUGUGUCUCAUUUUUUAUUAAAGAAGGUAGCUCAAUAAACAUACCCUGGAAGGGCUCUUUUAUGAAAGAAAGCUGAGGUGCUACUAAACACGUGCAGACAGGUCCCUGCGCCCCGGGAGCCGGCAGCCGGGCUCCAGGCAGGGGUUAUAUAACACAGCUAUGCAUUUUGUUUGUGACCAGGUGACUUUCUUAACUGAGUGGACGCUCCUUCAUUUGGGCACUGAAUCGAUGAAGGGUAUUAAACACAAAAAAAUGUUUAAAAAUAAAAGAAGUUUAAAUCAAA